CCGGACAGGGAUUCAUGUGGCUUGCCCACCAAUGGAUACACGGUGCCGGUGCUGGGGACGUGGGCCAUCAGAGACAAGCCUACCUCCUCGCCCGUGUAGAACAUGGGCCAUUUGGACCAGGGAACGUCUCGGGCAUUUCCCAGCCAGGUGCUCAGGUAGGGAUUGCGGACGGUCAGGGGCAGGACCGGCGGCGUCAAGCUGGAUGCUAUGCUGGCGGUCGCCUGAAAGGCGGUGGCCAGCACCGCAAGGGAUAGACGCAUGGUCAAUCGAUAGUAGCUGACUGACUAGCAAUAUAUAGAGGAGGGAGGAAAAGAAAACCGAUGAUGGAGAGGAUGGGGGAAGGCGUUCCAUCCACCAGGGCCGAUGGAAAGGGUGGAAGAGAAGAGAGUUGGUCCGCCAGCCGCCGGGCUGGCUGGAUGAUGCAAUGCGCGACGGUCAGAGCAACGAUCGACAAGGUCGGGACAGCCAAGGAGCUUCCGCACUGGCCACCAGUAGAUUCAGUGCUGGACAGCCAAGCAAGACUUGAAAAACUCCUUGGGUUCUCUGUACUCCGAUGGCAGGAGCUCGCGACCAAAAUGCGGGGAAAGCUGGGGGGUCCCGCAGCCGGUGGGAUUACCCUCCGGUCCAGUGGCUGGAUCACCACUUCUCUUCUCGCGAUGCAUCGACACCACACAGGAUCGAUACGCAGUCGAGUCCCCUCGGCCGGCAUAUUGAGACCACUGGGGUUGAGUGAUAUUUUCAGCCAAAUAGCUGCUUUAUCCUGCCUGGCUAUGUACUCUGUAGAGUAUAGACGCGAUAAGAUAAUGGCUUCAACUGUCAGUUGCCUGGUUUGGUGCUUGCAGUCCAGGUUAUCCUAGAGGGGCAAUAGGCUAACCUAAAUUGCAACGAGCUACCCCGCAAAUACACGACACUAACCCGAUACGGUGCCUCUUUUGGAUAGACAUGGAGAAGGUUAGGCUGCUCAAAUUGCUCCAGAGGGUACACUGCGCAUUCGACCGGUCUG